AUGAAAGUAACUCUUCCAUCAGAUGAUUCUCUUGCCUUCCAUCACCCCGCCCCAUUCGCCCGCUUUCCAUCACCCCUCCCCAUUCUCCCGCUUUCCAUCAUCCUGCCCCAUUCUCCCGCUUUCCAUAACCCCGCCCCAUUCUCCCGCUUUCCAUCACCCCGCCUCAUUCUCCCUUCUUCCAUCACCCCACCUUAUUCUCCCGCUUUCCAUUACCCCGCCCCAUUCUCCCGCUUUCCAUCAACCCGCCCCAUUCUCCCGCUUUCCAUCACCCCGCCCCAUUCUCCCCCUUUCCAUCACCCCGCCCCACUCUCCCGCUUUCCAUCACCCUGCCCCAUUCUCCCGCUUUCAAUCACCGCGUCCCAUUCUCCCGCUUUCCAUCACCCCGCCCCAUUCUCCCGCUUUCCAUCACCCCGCCCCAUUCUCCCGCUUUCCAUCACCCCGCCCCAUUCUCCCGCUUUCUAUCACCCCGCCCCAUUCUCCCUCCAUCCAUCACCCUGCCCCAUUCUCCCUCCUUCCAUCACCCCGCCCCAUUCUCCCUCCUUCCAUCACCCCGCCCCAUUCUCCCGCUUUCCACCACCUCGCCCCAUUCUCCCGCCUUCCAUCACCCCGCCCCAUUCUCCCUCCUUCCAUCACCCCGCCCCAUUCUCCCGCUUUCCAUCACUCCGCCCCAUUCUCCCGCUUUCCAUCACCCCACCCCAUUCUCCCGCUUUCCAUCACCCCGCCCCAUUCUCCCGCUUUCCAUCACCCCACCCCAUUCUCCCGCUUUCCAUCACCCCGCCCCAUUCUCCCGCUUUCCAUCAACCCGCCCCAUUCUCCCGCGUUCCAUCACCCUGCCCCAUUCUCCCGCUUUCCAUCACCCCGCCCCACUCUCCCGCUUUCCAUCACUCUGCCCCCUUCUCCCGCUUUCCAUCACCCAGUCCCAUUCUCCCGCUUUCCAUCACCCCGCCUCAUUCUUACGCUUUCCAUCACCCCGCCCCAUUCUCCCGCUUUCCAUCACCCCGCCCCAUUCUCCCGCUUUCUAUCACCCCGCCCCAUUCUCCCUCCAUCCAUCACCCCGCCCCAUUCUCCCUCCUUCCAUCACCCCGCCCCAUUCUCCCUCCUUACAUCACCCCUUCCCAUUCUCCUGCUUUCCAUCACCCCGCCCCAUUCUCCCGCUUUCCACCACCUCGCCCCAUUCUCCCGCCUUCCAUCACCCCGCCCCAUUAUCCCUCCUUCCAUCACCCCGCCCCAUUCUCCCGCUUUCCAUCACUCCGCCCCAUUCUCCCGCUUUCCAUCACCCCACCCCAUUCUCCCGCUAUCCAUCACCCCGCCCCAUUCUCCCGCUUUCCAUCACCCCGCCCCAUUCUCCCGCUUUCCAUCACCCCGCCCCAUUCUCCUGCUUUCCAUCACUCCGCCCCAAUCUCCCUCUUCCCAACACCCCACCCCAUUCUCCCUCCUUCCAUCACCCCGCCCCAUUCUCCUGCCUUCCAUCACCCCGCCCCAUUCUCCCGCCUUCCAUCUCCCCGCCCCAUUCUCCCGCUUUUUAUCACCCGCCCCAUUCUCCCGCUUUCCAUCACCUCGCCCCAUUCUCCCGCUUUCCAUCACCCCGCCCCAUUCUUCUGCUUUCCAUCACCCCGCCCCAUUCUCCCGCUUUCCAUCACCCCGCCCCAUUUUCCCGCUUUCCAUCACCCCGCCCCAUUCUCCCGCUUCCCAUCAUCCCGCCCCAUUCCCCCGCUUUCCAUCACCCCUCCCCAUUCUCCCCUCUUCCAUCACCCCGCCCCAUUCUCCCGCUUUCCAUCACCCCGCCCCAUUCUCCCUCCUUCCAUCACCCCGCCCCAUUCUCCCUCCUUCCAUCACCCCGCCCCAUUCUCCCGCUUUCCAUCACCCCGCCCCAUUCUCCCGCUUCCCAUAACCCCACCCCAUUCUCACGCUUUCCAUCACCCCGCCACAAUCUUCCACUUUCCAUCAACCCGCCCCCUUCUCUCUCCUUCCAUCACCCCGCCCCAUUCUCCCUCCUUCCAUCACCCCGCCCCAUUCUCCCGCUUUCCAUCAGCUCGCCCCAUUCUCCCGCUUUCCAUCACCCCUCCCCUUUCUCCCGCUUUCCAUCUCCCCGCCCCAUUCUCCGGCUUUCCAUCACCCCGCCCCAUUCUCCCGCCUUCCAUCACCCCGCCCCAUUCUUCCGCUUCCCAUCAUCCCGCCCCAUUCCCCCGCUUUCCAUCACCCCUCCCCAUUCUCCCUCCUUCUAUCACCCCGCCCCAUUCUCUCACUUUCCAUCACCCCGCCCCAUUCUCCCGCUUUCCAUCACCCCGACCCAUUCUCCCGCUUUCCAUCACCCCGCCCCAUUCUCCCUCCUUCCAUCACCCCGCCCCAUUCUCCCGCUUUCCAUCACCCCGCCCCAUUCUCCCUCCUUCCAUCACCCCGCCCCUCUCUCCCUCAUUCCAUCACCCCGCUCCAUUCUCCCGCUUUCCAUCACCCCGCGCCAUUCUCCCGCUUCCCAUAACCCCACCCCAUUCUCCCGCUUUCCAUCACCCCGCCACAUUUUCCCACUUUCCAUCACCCCGCCCCCUUCUCUCUCCUUCCAUCACCCCGCCCCAUUCUCCCUCCUUCCAUCACCCCGCCCCAUUCUCCCGCUUUCCAUCAGCCCGCCCCAUUCUCCCGCUUUCCAUCACCCUGCCCCUUUCUCCCGCUUUCCAUCUCCCCGCCCCAUUCUCCCGCUUUCCAUCAGACCGCCCCAUUCUCCCGCUUUCCAUCACCCCGCCCCAUUCUUCCGCUUCCCAUUUUCCCGCCCCAUUCCCAAGCUUUCCAUCACCCCUCCCCAUUCUCCCUCCUUCCAUCACCCCGCCCCUUUCUCCCGCUUUCCAUCUCCCGCCCCAUUCUCCCGCUUUCCAUCACCUGCCCCAUUCUCCCGCUUUCCAUCACCUCGCCCCAUUCUCCCGCUUUCCAUCACCCCGCCCCAUUCUCCCGCUUUUCAUCACCCCGCCCCAUUCUCCCGCUUUCCAACACCCCGGCCCAUUCUCUCGAUUUCCAUCACCUCGCCCCAUUCUCCCGCUUUCCAUCACCCUGCCCCAUUCACCCGCUUUCCAUCACCCGCCCCAUUCUCCCGCUUUCCAUCACACCGCCCCAUUCUCCCGCUUUCCAUCACCCCGCCCCAUUCUCCCGCUUUUCAUCACCCCGCCCCAUUCUCCCGCUUUCCAACACCCCGGCCCAUUCUCUCGAUUUCCAUCACCUCGCCCCCUUCUUCCUCCUUCCAUCACCCCGCCCCAUUCUCCCUCCUUCCUUCACCCCGCCCCAUUCUCCCGCUUUCCAUCACCCUGCCCCAUUCCUCCACUUUCCAUCACCCCGCACCAUUCUCCCACUUUCCAUCACCCCGCCCCAUUCUCCCGCUUUCCAUCACCCUGCCCCAUUCUCCCGCUUUCCAUCACCCCGCGCCAUUCUUCCGCUUUCCAUCACCCCGCCCCCUUCUCCCUCCUUCCAUCACCCCGCCCCAUUCUCCCUCCUUCCAUCACCCCGCCCCAUUCUCCCGCUUUCCAUCAGCCCGCCCCAUUCUCCCGCUUUCCAUCACCCCGCCCCUUUCUCCCGCUUUCCAUCUCCCUGCCCCAUUCUCCCGCUUUCCAUCACCCCGCCCAAUUCUCCCGCUUUCCAUCACCCCGCCCCAUUCUCCCGCUUCCCAUCAUCCCGCCCCAUUCCCCCGCUUUCCAUCACCCCUCCCCAUUCUCCCUCCUUCCAUCACCCCGCCCCAUUCUCCCGCUUUCCAUUACACGCCCCAUUCUCCCGCUUUCCAUCACCCCGCCCCAUUCUCCUGCUUUCCAUCACCCAGCCCCAUUCACCCGCUUUCCAUCAUCCGCCCCAUUCUCCCGCUUUCCAUCACCCCGCCCCAUUCUCCCACUUUCCAUCACCCCGCCCCAUUCUCCCGCUUUUCAUCACCCCGCCCCAUUCUCCCGCUUUCCAACACCCCGCCCCAUUCUCCCGCUUUCCAUCACCCCGCACCAUUCUCCCGCUUUCCAUCACCCCGCCCCAUUCUCCCUCCUUCCAUCACCCCGCCUCAUUCUCCCUGCUUCCAUCACCCCGCCCCAUUCUCCCGCUUUCCAUCACCCCGCCCCAUUCUCCCGCUUUCCAUCACCCAGCCCCAUUCUCCCACUUUCCAUCACCCUGCCCCAUUUUCCCGCUUUCUAUCACCCUGCCCCAUUCUCACGCUUUCCAUCACCCUGCCCCAAUCUCCCGCUUUCCAUCACCCCGCCCCAUUCUCCCUCCUUCCAUCACCCCGCCCCAUUCUCCCGCUUUCCAUCACCCCGCCCCAUUCUCCCGCUUUCCAUAACCCCGCCCCAUUCUCCCUCCUUCCAUCACCCGCCCCGUUCUCCCUCCUUCCAUCACCCCGCCCCUUUAUCCCUCCUUCCAUCACCCCGCCCUAUUCUCCCGCUUUCCAUCAGCCCGCCCCAUUCUCCCGCUUUCCAUCACCCCGCCCCAUUCUCCCGCCUUCCAUCACCCCGCCCCAUUCUCCUGCUUUCCAUCACCCCGCCUCAUUCUCCCGCUUUCGAUCACCCCACCCCAUUCUCCCGCUUUCCAUCACCCCGCCCCAUUCUCCCGCUUUCCAUCACCCCGCCCCAUUAUCCCGCUUUCCAUCUCCCCGCCCCAUUCUCCCUCCUUCCAUCACCCCGCCCCAUGCUCCCGCUUUCCAUCACCCCGCCCCAUUCUACCGCUUUCCAUCACCCCGCCCCAUUCUCCCACCUUCCAUCACCCCGCCCCAUUCUCCUGCUUUCCAUCAGCCCACCCCAUUCUCCCGCUUUCCAUCUCCCCGCCCCAUUCUCCCUCCUUCCAUCACCCCGCCUCAUUCUACCUCCUUCCAUCACCCCGCCCCAUGCUCCCGCUUUCCAUCACACCGCCCCAUUCUCCCGCUUUCGAUCACCGCGCCCCAUUCUCCUGCUUUCCAUCACCCCGCCCCAUUCUCCCUCCUUCCAUCACCCCGCCCCAUUCUCCCGCUUUCCAUGA